UGUGAGACCGGCUAAGGUAAUGCAUGAGAAAUGAAGGAGACACAGAGCAGUGGCCACACUUAAUGUGUUCAGACGCGUUUCAUUUUGCCUCCUAAAAGCUGUUUCUCAGAAUCAGGUGUCAUUUCUGCGCCCUGGAGCCUCAUACGCUGAGAAACAUACGCUAUCAGGAGAGAACAGACAUCUGUUGCCACACGCGUACACAUGCACAACGCCUCAGAGAUGAGCUUUAAUGAUUCCUCUCUCAGCUGUCAGACAUAAAGCCGCUCUGGAAUAGAAGAGCUUUGUGUACGGUGUAGACAAGAUGUCAGUCAAGUUGAAGUUUGAUUGCCCGGCUGAUGGUGGAUUUGUACAGCGGAGUCGAUCGUUCACCGGUGUCAACACACUCGGAAGCCGCAGAAGAUAUUCCUCAGCUCGCAGCUCUCUACGCACUAAAGUCACGGCAGGAAAAUCUCCCAGAAUUCCCUCUUCUAGUCGUAUGAGCAGCAACGUCUGGGGACAGCAACCAGAACAGGUGGACAGAAUCUUCCAGGCCCUACGGAAAGGACUCAAGGACUACUUGGAAAACCAUCAAACAGAACUGGACUUCUUGUCAUCCCAGCAGAGGGACACAAAAAGAAACUCUAGAUUGGCUUUUUUCUAUGACUUGGAAAAGGAGAUACGUGCAUUGGAGCGACACAUACGACGGCUAGAGUUUCAGAUUAGUAGGGUAGAGGAACUCUAUGAGUCUUAUUGCAUCCAGUGGCGACUCUGUCAGGGGGCUUUAAACAUGAAGAGAGCGUUUUCUCUCUCUCCUUCUUCGAGACAAUCCAGAGAAAGUUUACUUGAGUUGAACAGAAACCACAGACACAGUCUGGAGGACAUGUCUGUAAUGGAGGCAGAACUAGAGAUCCUGCUGGGAGAGCUACAAAUCAAAAUGAAAGGGUUGAUAGGAUUCGCUCGACUUUGCCCAGGAGAUCAAUAUGAGGUGUUAAUCCGGCUGGGCCGACAGAGGUGGAGAAUCAGGGGGCGAAUUCAGACUGAUGAUAAACAGCUGUGGGAUGAAGAGGAGAUGAUCUUCCUCCCUCACAUCCAUGGAAAUUUUGAGAUUAAGGUAACCGAGGUGAAGGGACUGAGUUCUGUCCUGGUCGGCAUGGUAACAUGCAGGAGCGCUGAUUUUUUCACAUCCCGACCGCAGAUGAUGGUUGUCGACAUUACAGAACUGGGAACCAUUAAACUACAGCUAGAGGUGCUUUGGAAUCCAUUCGAUAGCAGCGAGGUGAGGCCGAUCGCAGCAUCUGCCAGUCGCCAGUCCAUACAGAGGAAAGGAUCUGUAUAUAGCUGGACACCUCCCAACACACCCAGUUUCACAGAGAAAUACUUCUUAUCUAUGAUGCGGCAGCUGCAGGAUGCAGAUGGCUCUUUCUCCAUCGGCUCACGUGAAUCUAGGGGCGUGUCUUUACUCAGUUACCUGGCUGACUCCACCCAGGCUCUCACACCUCCGGCUUACGAGAAGACAAACCACCUACCGCUCACGCCCCGCCAAGAUACCAAGUUACAGGAUCACUAUCUACUGAAGACACCGCCUGAAGAUGCAGAGGAGAGCGUGGAAUGGCCCUCGGAGACCGACACUGCUUCUGCCAGCCCUGCGGAGAGCAAGCGAGACUCCAUCUUUCUCUUCCAGCGCUACAGCACGCCUGACAUCCUACGAAAAAAUGUAGAUGUGACCCCCAGCGCAAGUGAAGGAGACGCGGCCCCGGAUGAGACCGCAGAAGAGGAGACCUCUUUCAAACAGGAAUCUGAGGAGAGACCCGUGGCGCAGGACAAAAGUUUAAGCAGAGCUCAGAGACGAGCUGUGACAUUGAGAAUUCGUUCACUGUUAGAAGAUCUCGAUUCAGUACUGCAGGAUAUGAGCGGUGAAGAUACAGAGUUAAAGAAACUCGACCUGCAGCUACACCAGUUAAAUAAGGUGUUAAAGAAGGACCUUGAACCUCCACUGAUGCCCUCAUGUGAAAUACUAGCAGUAGAAGAAGAGGAAGUGCUGGGCAAUUUUGACUUCCUCUCAACAGAUUUUAAUGAAGAUGAAGUCUCGUGCAUGGGCAGUGUCAGGCUCGGACACACCGGAAUUAGUUCAUUCAAUGAGAGACGUAUGGGUCUGCUAUCACAAGAAAACAUCUCACCUUUAUCAGAAGACGUUAAUGAAGGACGGAUCAAACACACAGAGUAUACUGUAGUAAAGUCAUCACUCAGUACAGGAGUCUUUAGUUUAGAUCAAGCCCUUGAAACCCACCUUAACAUCUGUAAAGUGUUACUGGAGGCACUGAAGUGCUCAAACUCUGAUCUUGUGCACAAACAUAUCAUGAAAGAGAUGUCACGUCAAGUCGACAUGCUGGAAAAAAUCAGCAGUCUGUCUCAGGAGAAGACAGAUGAGAUUUCAGCAACCCAGUUGUUAUGCAGAUCUAUUAAGGGGAUGGAGGUGUUUUGGCAGGAGUGUUGUGAGACUGAUUCGCAUUUCUGCUGCUCCGCUGAUGAUUUUAUCAGGGCGCUGCGCAAACUUUACAUCCACAAAGUCAAAGCCAAACAACCUGGACAGACAGAUGCAGUUUUCGGUCAGUUGCUUCAUCAGGUUCAGUGCAGUUGUAUGAUGGUAUCUGUAAACCUGUGCACUACAGACCGAGUGUCUGUGUUUCAGCUGCUAGUUUACCUCAACCGAUGGAAUAUAACUGACUUUGGAGAGCACAUCUCUCAUCUCUCAAAAGAAGUGUAUCUCAUAGCCUGUCUGGAGAGUCCCAAGAGGAGGCGAGCCCUAAAAAAGCUGAAGGGGAGGCGGAUCUCCGAACUGCAGCCGACGAAUCGCACCCUGCACCUUUUAGCCAAACUACAGACAGACGCCAAUCACAAGGUUUCCUCAGCAGCUGCUUCUUGUCUCAGCAAGGCAUCGCGAUCCAAAUCUUUUAAGACAAAGGCAGUGGUUCACUACACAGAUCUGCUGAGAAACAGUGACACGCAGGUGCGGCGUGAGGCCUGUCUUGCUUUGAAAUGUCUAAAGGCUUCAGAGAGCGCAGAACAGGUGGCUGAACUGUGGCUGUCGACAGAUGAAGACUUGAGAAACGCUGCUCGCGAGGCUGUGUUAUCAUUUGGUAAGAAAGGCCACAUUGCUUUCCAGCAAAUGGACCGGAUCUAUGAGAUACAGGAAGAGGCUUAUAAGAAUCUGGAAACUGAAAUCACUAUUUUAUAGAAAGACAAUAAGCUGAAUUUCUAUUAGCUGACUGCAUAGCGUGGAGAGAUGCAGGCCGAUUUUGUUUGAACACAUUUUCAGUGUCUACUCAUAUUGCUUGGUAUUUAAUGCAUUAUUAUUAUGAUCAUUUUGUGUAUUUUUAUGGGUGGAAUAUUUAUAAAAAACUGUUUUGUAUAUUAUAUCUGUAUCAAACCAUUAAACAUGUAAAUAUC